GUGACCUAGUGGCGUUCUUGAUGGCUUCUGUAAUCAAGGCAAAUGCGAGUGACGUCGACUUUCCUGCGAGGUGUCAUUGAAACAUACACGCGAUUAUGAUUUCGGUGGCCUCCCUGUGCAUCGCCCCUCGUUUAUCAAGUGCCGGAAGGAACUACUCGGAAGUUUGAGCGAUUUGGAGAAGAAAUGUGGUGCGCGCUUUCCUUGAUGUUCUUGCCUGCGGUCAGCCACUUGGCGCAAGCCGAAAGCAUUGAGAGCAACUCAAUCGACCACUGCUAUGGAGCUCGGCUUCAGAGUACCUUGCUGGAAAAAUUCUAUUUUAGCGGGGUCUUUAUUGUACUCUACGGGCAUUUUUUCUGCUUCGCGCUGGUGUUGUGUGUGUUCUGCAUUCGCGUAAUGACUGGGGGCUGGGGAAACGUCCCCAAAGAUGAUGCUGCAAUCGCGAACACGGAAAACAUCGUCGAUGAUGACAGCGACUCCUCCUCAUCUUCCAGUUCAUUUUCUCCUCCACCACACUUGGACACUAAAGAAUCACGUUUAAUGUCUUGGGUUCAUGACAUGUUCCAGACCAGUGAAGCCAAGAUAAGGAGCAAGUGCGCAGGGGAUGUCAUUAAUUAUUUAGCCUUCCAGCGGCACAUCAUUGGCCUUUUAAUAGUUUUGACCACAUUGUCUAUGGGCAUCCUCUUUCCCCUUAAUUACUCUGGGAAACGAUUUGAACAGGACAGUUAUUUUGGGAAAACAACUAUUGCAAACCUGGAUAAUGAAAUGAGUUUGUGGGUGCACAACUUGUUUGCUGUCCUCUACCUUUUCCUGACCAUCUACAGCAUGAGAAGACACACGUACAACAUGCAUGACUUAGAUGGCGACAAAGCUAAUUGUACGUUGUUGGUGAUUGGACUCCCCACGGAUGCAGAAUCAGGGGAGAUAAAGCAUCACUUUCAGGAGGCAUAUGAAUACUGUACUGUGAAGGAUGUACGCAUCUGUUACGACUUCUCCAAGCUGUUGCUGCUUUUUCAUAAACGGAAGAGAGCAGAGAGCCAAAAAAACUUUUACCUUGAGCAGCAGGCUCACGGCACCACCACCAUGAUGAACGCAAAACUUUGUCGAAAUUUGUGGUGUUUCAAACGGGAAAAGCAGGAGGAGGCAGUUGUAUAUUACACCAGGUUGGAAAAAGUGUUAUCGGAGAUCCUUGAGCAGGAGAAAAGUAAAGUCCAGAAGAAGCAUUUAAAAAUGUCCUUUGUCACUUUUCAGAGUGAGGAUGCAGCUGAAAGAAUCUUGAGGGACUUCAACAUUUGCAUAUAUCAUGGUUGUCACUGUCGCCGAGAGCCCAGGUGCUCGUCGCGUAGCGCCAAGCUCAAGACAGACAAUUGGACGGUCAGCUAUGCCCCCGAUCCACAUAAUGUCAUCUGGGACCAUCUAUCAGUGGGAGGAUUGUCAUGGUGGCUCCGCUUUUUUGUCAUCAACACUCUCCUUGUCAUCCUCCUGUUCUUCUUUACCACUCCGACCAUCAUUAUGGCCACUUUGGACGACUUCAAUAUUACCAAAGCAGUGGAGGACCUAAAUAAUCCACUCGUCACUCAGUUUUUACCUACUUUCCUCCUGUGGCUGUUCUCCACCUUGCUUCCGACUAUUGUCUAUUACUCGUCUCUCUUUGAAUCCCACUGGACCCGGUCAACAGAAAAUGAAGUAACAAUGCAUAAGUGCUACUUUUUCCACACUUUAAUGUUCCUGGUAUUGCCCUCCCUGGGGAUUGGCAAUUUGGAGUAUUUUUUCGAGUGGCUUUUUGGCCCUACAUUCUUCUCCAAUGCGACACAACGAUUUGCGUGCGUGUUCCUUCCUGACACAGGCUCCUUUUUUGUUAAAUGUGUCAUUGCGGCAGCCCUCACUGGUAAUGCCAUGGAACUGCUGAGAAUCCCGGCUCUGGCAGUUUAUGCCAUUCGCAUUUGUAUGGCUUGUUCUGAAGCCAAGAGGAGGAACAUCAGGAUGCUACCAGCCACUGAAUUUCCAUGUGGAGCGUCUUAUGCCUGGAUGAUGUGCAUCUUCACUAUGGUUAUGACAUAUAGCAUCACCUGCCCGGUCAUUGUCCCAUUUGGCCUGGUAUACAUGAUAAUAAAGCAACAUGUGGACCGGUACAACAUUUGCUACAUUUAUCGCCCAACCAAAUUGGACAAAUGUAUCCACUCUGGAGCUGUCAAUCAAGCGAUGGUCGGCCCUGUACUUGGACUGUUAUGGCAGUUUUUCUUCUUUCUGAAACGUUCUGGUCGUUUGGCAUCUUCAACCCUAUUCACAGGUACUAUGCUAAUAAUCACAUUCAUGAUCUUCAUCGCACGAGUCUGCUUUGGACAUUUAAAGAAGUUCAGUCCUCACAACUAUCAGGUUAAAGAACGCCGUGAUGAUGGAGUGGAACAAAGCAAGGAAGGUCAAGAAGAGAACACAAACCUACAUUCCCUCUUUCAGUUGAAUUAGAUAUCCUCGGGGACACACAAGCUCCAAUUUCAGUGCACAAAUUAAAAUGUAUAUAGUUCUGUUCAUUGGCAAAAAAGGUGUUGCCUCCGAAGAGGUUGGCAUUGAGUAAAUUGGAUUUUAAAAUGGAAACAAGAUCAAUCCAAUUUCUAUAGCCCAUCUCUUCAAUGGGGUUGCGGGUAAAAUAGAGCCUACUUUAGCUAAUUUAGGGUGAGAAGAUGGGUAAACCCUAGACUGUUUGCCAGCUAAAAAUACAUGCAGCAUAGAAACUGUUUUCUACAUCAAUCGGGAUAAGUAAAUACUUUCUCAGCUGCUAUUGAACGAGCUCAGAUUGCUGGCUUUUUUUUCAAACCCACGAGUACAAUGAGCCACAUGAUGUAACAAUGUUAAAUACUCUUGCAUUUUUGUAUUCAGAAUAGAAUGUAAAUAAAGACAUUUUUAAUGGUA